UAAUCCUUUGCCAAUAUCAAGGUUACACAGCCGACAUAAUGUGUUGAAAGGGCAGAUGGUCCGGGAAACAAGACUGCCUGUUUCUGUUUUGUUAGCUCAUGGAGGACCUAGAUGCGCCCUCUGGAAACAGCUUUGUUGGUUCUGAUGAAGGAAUCUCCGCCAGGGCCUGGGCUCGGAAUCCCAAUUCCGCUGCUUCUCACCAGCUUCCCUUCCCAAUCCCGGAGCGUCGCCAUGGCCUUCUCCCCACAACGGACGCGCGACGGCGGCUGCCGAAACGUGGCCCCCGAUCCAACAGGCUUUACGGCCAGGCUUACAUUGCUCGAGACCGCCAUGUCAACUACGCCCCGACUGAGCGCUUCGACGACUGGCUAGACAACGUGGCAAAUCUGUCGCUUGACCGUCAUGGCGACACUGCGCCUGCGCCUGCUCCUUCUCCUGCUGUUGUGACCCAGGCCGGCAGCAACGAGGGAAAAGACGGCAAGGAUGAGGCGCGCGAACCACUGGCAGCCAAAGUUUUCGAGAAGAAUGGCGACGACAACAUGAAGCGUAAAUGUCCUUCCGAGGAUAAUGAUGACGACACGGUCAUGGACUCGAAUCGGCCGCCGCCUCCCAAGCGCAGCCGCAUUUCGAACACACUUCGUCGCACCGUGCAUCGCAUAGGCAGUGCAACUCAUCUCAGCAGCCGUAUCAGCUCGGUCGCUGAUCAUGAUGCACCCUGGUCGGCCGCCGCUUCGUCUGUUACCCGCCGGGCCGCGGCUCUAGCCCAGAGCCUUCGGUCACGUACUGGGGCCCUGUCUCGUACGGGUUUUACUGGCGCUCCGCCCGGCUCGGAGCGCACCGUCAAGAUCUGUCUUGUGGGAGACAGUGGUGCAGGGAAGACGGCUUUUGUCAACUAUCUUGUCAAUGGCUCAUAUACCGAGACCGAACCCUCUACAUUCCCAAACAUCAGAACUGUUCAGUCGGCCACUGAUAAUGGCACUGUCGUCAACACUGAAGUCUGGGAUCUCCCCGGCUCUAUCGCUGACCAGCACAGCAGCCCACUGGUAUCCAACUUUUUUCAUGCCGCCAUUAUCUGCUUUAGCGUUGAGGACGUGGCCAACGUUGACACUAUAUUCGACACUUGGGCUCCCAAACUCCAUGCGACUCUAAACGACCGGGUCGUCAUGCUCCUCGCUCUCAAGCGCGAUCUCCGCCGAGACUUCCCCGUCCUGGACCUCGCCUUUCUGCCGAGCAAGGAGUCGGUGAGCUAUAGCACGGGCAGCCAAGCCGCCGUCACUUUGCACGCGGGUGCGUAUUGUGAGUGCUCAGCCAAAGAGGGCGACAACGUGCAGGGCGCUUGGGACGAGUUCAUCAACCAUCUCGUGGCUAGUCUCGAGGAACACGAGCAGAAUCGUGCUAAGAGAAGUCGUGAUGAAAAGGUUAAGGGCGCUGUAACCUCGACGCUGGAUAAGGUUGGCUUGGGUAGGCUUGGGAGGAGGUUCGGAGGGUAGGAACUAGGAAGGCCUGGGAUAUGUACAAUACAAUACCAUUUCCGGGUUGGGCUUCGUGGGUGCUGUUUGCAUUUGUUACUCUGAUGCUCGGGUGCUUGGGCAUGAUACCCAACUGAUAAGUCACGAUGGUUUGGCCCAGAUCCUCCUUUUGUCAGGGGAUCUAGCCAGGGAAUGCAAUUGUUGUUUGGGGCAAUGUUGAAGAGGACGUUAAGGCUGUUCGCCUAGUAGCAUGAGUAGGCCCCGAAAAACGAAUGCCAAGUCUGAUUUGGCC